AAUUCUUUUAUGACCACCAAUAAUAAUUAUCGAGAAUCAAGCUGCCACCUAAUCAAGUCAGAAGCCCAGAAAACAGCAAGAUCUAGAAUGAACAAGAAAGUUGCACGGGCAAACGAAUGGUUUCGACAAGUAAUAGAGGGCGAGCUCGGUCAUGAAUUGGAAAACAUAAUACUGCAGGAUCUUAAAAUCGUCAAGGCUCAAGAAGGCUUUAUACGCUGCAGUUAUUUCGUACCAGUGAAGCUAGCAGAUAAAGAUGGAAAUUGGGAAGUUGGAUCCAUAGCAUCCAUAAUAGACAACGUUGGAGCGGUUGCCAUUUACUCCUUUUCUGGUCAUAUCAAGGCAUCCGUUGACUUCACCAUCUCCUUCUUUUCCACCACUAAGGUUCAGGAAGAAGUAGAGAUAGAGGCAAAGGUUGCAGGGGAGAGAGGACAACUUACAUCAGUAGUAGUGGAAGUGAGAAAGAAAGAUUCUGGACAACUAAUUGCUUUGGGUAAACAAUGGAUGACUUCCAGCAAUCCAGGUAGUAGGAUAGUGAGUAAGCUUUGAGCUUAAUCUACUGAUCACAACAUUUAAAGAUAAAGUGUUCCUGCAAAACAGAUGACGGACUUGAUCUUGAAAACAUCAAAUCAUUUAUACUAUUUCUAAUGAAGUAAUUUCGGAUGUUCAUGGUUCAGUUUCUUUAUUGGUCUGCAUCAAAUAAAAGUAGCCAUUUUCAUGUUGUAUAUUCCUAACUACAGGGAAUUAAAGUAAUAAAUUUUUUGAUCAA